AUGAAAUCUUAGAAUGUUACUGUUAAUAAUAGCUCCUUUAGUGGUAAUAAAGCGCCAAAUGGAGGAGCUAUAAAUUUUAAUGCUAUUCAAUAGACAAUAAAUUUUAAAUCCUGCUAAUUUGAAUAAAAUACUGCCUUAAGUAGUGGUGGAGCUUUGUACUUUGAAAACAUACCUUCAUGCAAAGUAAUCUUUGACUCUGAUACAGAAAUCAGAAAUAACAGAGCUUUAAUUGGGGGUGGUUUAAGGAUUGUUUAGACUGACGAAAAUCAGAUUCAGUUACCUUAUGGCUUUCCUUUCGUACAUAAUGUGCAUUAAAAUUUAGCUGAUAUAUAUGGAAACGAUAGCGCAUCAUAUCUAUAAAAUAUUAUAAUUACAAAUAAUAAUAAAGAAAAUAGCUAUUUUUUCACAUUUUAUGAAAAUUAAACAAAUAUUCUACCCUAGGAGCUUGAGUAAAGCUUUUCAAGAUUUGCUGAAAUUAAAGAAUUUCGAAGUGGUGAAUUCAUAUAUUUUAAGGUUUAUAUAGUUGAUAGCUAGAAUAGGUAUUUGAGUUUCUCAAAAGAGAGGCUGGUAAAUAGUAAGUAUCCUAUCGAAAUAGAAUCAGAACUAAAAACUUUUGAGUUUAGUGACUUGCAAAUAAUUGGAUCUGGUAAUGAGUUAUUAUUUUCUGUUAAUUCAACGAUUUAUACAAGUUCUAUUGUUAAAUAACCAAUACUCUUAUCAAUUGGUUUUAGAAAUUGCAUAACAGGAAGAAAUGAUAUAAAUAGAUGUAUAAAUUGUCCUGAAUCUGCUAUCAAGUGUGUAGGAGAUAAAAUAUCUUUAAAAAAUGGAUUCUGGAGAAAAAGCAACUAAACUGAUGAAAUAAUAGAGUGUGAUCCUAUUGUAAACUCAUGUUAAGCACAAAAUCCUCUUAAUAUUAAUUAUUGCUCAACUGGCUACUUAGGACCUACUUGUGGGUAAUGUGAUAUUUUAGGUGAAAUUUGGAAAGGCUCACGUUACUCAGAAUCUAGUUCCAAAGGGGUGUGCGAAAUAUGUGGUCCUAAGCUCAAUUAAUGGAUUUACUUGGUUUUAAAAAUAAUAUUGUUUGAAGCAUACUUCUUGAAUGUUUUAAAUAUUUUUGUUAAAAAAUUUAAUUUAAUUUUUGGUACCUAUAAUAGCACUCGUUUUUAUUCCUUUGACUCUUAUGUUUUAUGA